AUGAAGGUGUAUUCGAUGAAGCUAGAGAAUUUCAGAUUUAGUUACGUGAACACUAUUGAUCCUCCGAAGAGAAGCCAACCUGACUACAUGUACACGAUAGCUUUGUUCAAUGGAUUUAUUUGUUAUAUUAAUUGCCUCACUGACAUAGACGAGGAGGUAGGAAACAUGUACUAUGAUCUGCAGAUUUGGAUAGUUAACCCUGAUAUGGGGGAGAGUCUUCUUCUUCCCCAAAGGAAGACACCCUCGUUUGGCUAUGUGCUGAAUGUUGGAGUAGCUUAUCUCCGGAGCGACUACAAAGUCUUCCUCAUCUUCUGUGCUGGUAAAGACUUGAAAGAUUAUCGUUUUGAGUGUGAGGUGUAUUCGUCAAGCACUAGUUCUUGGAGAAACAUCGGCACCAUGCAUUGUGUUCCCAUGGGUAUUCUUACUCCAUUCAAAUCUCAUUAUGUUUUCGUCGGAGGAAAGAUCUAUUGGCUGUCUUCCUUGGAUGCUCCGGGCAAAAUCCUCUCUCUGGAUUGGGAAGGGAGAUUCAAAGUGAUUCCGUAG